GAAGGGCAUAGCAGGUCCGGACGAAGUCAACAAGGGCAACCCCUCCUGAUCUUCCGUUCUCUACCAUCACGUACGGCAAACGACAAGUGUUUUUUUUUUUUACCUUAUUUUUCAAAGGGAAUUUUGAUUCAGUGUCUUCUUGAAUAAUAUUGAAAAUUUAGUACUAAAAUACUCAACAACAAGAAAAACAUGUCUCGCAUUAUGAUGACGCUAUUCUUCCUAUUGGUGGCCUGUAUGGCUUUCAUCGCUCCUGGAAACGCAGCACCACCCAGGCAAAGCUUUAAGUGGACAAAGUUCUGGAGACCAAUGUUAGUGGACUUGGACGAUCCGGACAGCGUGAUGGAAGUGAUUACUCGACUGGAGCGCAGCUUGUUGCGCAAUUCCGAUUACGAACACCAAAAAAGAGGAGUAGAUUUCGGACUCGGUCGUGGCUAUUCCGGCUCUCAGGCGGCUAAGCACCUAAUGGGCUUAGCAGCGGCUAAUUACGCUAUCGGUCCCGGCCGCAAGCGUCGUGACACGACGGAGUCUCCCGUGAUCGUCAAGACUGGCGCAAUCAACUAGAAAGAAAAAAGAGAAAACAGUGGACCGUCUCAUCAGUUCCUCCCCAAACAUAAGAAAUGCAUGCCAUGUCCUGUGUUAUUAGUCAUUCUCAAUCGGCUUCUUUCAUAUACAAGCAGUACUUAUAGGCUUUAUAUAUAAAUACAACAUAUUACCACGGUUGAUAUCACUGGCUAAAUGUGGAAUGAUCUCGCAUUUUUUUUUUAUUUCUUUCUGUUUUCAUUGUUCAUGUUGAAAUGCAAUUUACGAUUUAAAUUCAACAACAACAACAAAAAGAGAUUAUAACGCAGACUAAUUUUGCGAUGUGUUUAUAUUAUUGCUUUGGAUUGCGCCCUCCUCACGAAAAUAAAGGAAAACAAAUUUAUUGUGUAGCAAUUGAAAACUUUUCUUUUUACAAUUCCCACUAGCUUUUCUUAUAGUUUUCAAGACACGCAAACGCAGCAUACGUUAGAAACACGGACUCCAUUUCUCGUUAGUGGUUUCAGUUCAUCCAUCCGUUGUCCCUUGCGCAAAGUGAGCACUUGUGGCGUGAUUCAUGUUAUUAUAUCUUCCAAGAAAAAGAAAGAAAUUUGUUUUUUUCCCUUCCAUAUUUUCAAUGUAUACCCCGUUGGUUGGGUGGAUCAUCGCCACACUAGAUGACAAUACACGUUCUCCUCCCACA